GCGUCGACAAAUCGUACGUCUCUGGACGGUGAGGCGGCGACGGCGCUCGAGACGGGACGUCCUUCAAGCCGACAGCGGCGCAGCCAUGGUAGUGACCGCCGCCGUGGUGUUCGGCGCUCUUCUGUACCGCUCCCUGGCGCUCGUCAUCGACGGAGUGGGUGUUCCCGAUCCCAGCAAAUACAGCUUCCACGAGCGCCCGGCAGAUGUCACUACUAACCGGACUUACGUUCUUCAAGAGGAAAAUCCCAGGACAUUCUUGAUGUGCCCUCAAGAAUACGCCAUUGAAAAGAUUGUCUACGGUCUCGUAAAAAACAAUGCGACUGAUAAAGGAGAGGGAAAGCAGUUGCUAAGUGGAAGCGUCUUCGUUGCCCAGCCUGGGGCCCAUGACGAGGAUGACCAGUUCUGCCCGACCCUCCAACGAUGUCUCUUCCAUCAAGCGUGCGUGUUCCGGUUCGGCAAUGAGUUCUGCAUGCACGACCCUGCGCCAGGUGUUCGAAAGAUGGUGAAAGCAUCGGUAACCUGCACGAGGGAGCAGAAACUGGCAUCGAUGUACCCAGAUAUGCCCGCGCACAAAUACUGGGAUCAGGUGCUUCACCUGCGGUACCGGUCCCGCGUCGAGUCCGGUGUCCGUGACUACCUGCACACGCCGAUAUCAGAGCAUCGCGCCGCCGAGUCGGAGGUGUUCGACGUCGGCUGUCCGACGCGCCAGCAGGCGGUGGUGCGCGGCUUCCGCGGUCAGUGCUCGGCCGACCCCGCCGAGCCCGCCGCGUCCACCUGGACGGUGCUGGCCAGGGCUUCCCGACACUGCCGCGACCAGCUGAUGACCGUGCUCUGCGCGUUCCUGUUCGACGGUGGCGGCAUGUGCCUGCCACCUCAGUCGGGCCGACCAGGCCAGGCCGGCUUCGACUACGAGGCGCUGCCAAUGCCGGGACCGCGUCACAACCUGACACGCUACACGCAGAUUCUCAGCGCACCAGAGCGUGACUUGAUUCCCGUCAGGAUCGGCUUCCUAUUGCUUGUGCACAAAGACGUCAGCUCGACGCUGCAGCUACUGGAGCAGAUCUACAGGCCACAACACUAUUACGUGGUGCACGCGGACGCUCGUGCCGAGGAGGUGCGUCGCCUGCUGACGUCAACUCUACGCCGACUCCCCAACGUCCGCGUGCUGCCCGGCGAGCGCUCGUUCGCCACCUCUUGGGCGUCCUACAACAUCGUGCGCGCCGAGCUGGAGGCGCUGGAGGAGCUGCUGCGUCUGGGGGUCUGGGACCAUGCGGUGGUGCUGAGCGGCUCGGACCUCGCCAUCAGGAGUGUGGACGAGCUGGCGGCAGCGCUGGCCGCCCACAGGGGUACUUCUAUGCUGUCCACCUUCGAUGGCUGGAAGGAGAAGCCGGGGCGACCCAGCCACGUGCAGGCGAUGUGCGACAACCAUGUCUACACGCUGAGCGCGACACACGCUCUCGAUCCAGCGGUCCGUCUCAAGGGCAGUUCUCAGUGGUUCGUGCUGUCGCGAGAUAUGGCUGAGUUCGCCACGAACCUGCAGCAGCAUCCGGCCAUAGCGCGGCGGCUGUUCCGGUUCAGGCACCACGCCAUUCCUGACGAGUUCUUCUUCUCCACUCUGCUAUACGCAUCACCGUACAGGUAA